AUGAGAUUGAUAUCACGGAUCCUUUACGCAGCCAUCGCAGUUGCUGUAGUUGGUGCUGCAGCCCCGGAGGGGUCAUCGAGCUCGCAAGCCCAUCGCAAUGAGCGUGCGCGGCGCAUGCUGGGGUCAUCCUUUGGCAUCCCUAAGAAUCAAACGUUUGAUUAUCUGGUCAUUGGUGGGGGCACGGCCGGCUUGACCAUCGCAACGCGGCUGGCCGAACAAGGCGCCGGCUCAGUCGCCGUUAUUGAAGCGGGGGGCUUCUAUGAGCUGAACAAUGGCAAUCUCAGCCAGAUCCCCGCUCAAGAUGCCUUUUACGUGGGCACAGAUCUCGACGAUUGGCAGCCCGGCAUCGAUUGGGGCUUUCAUACUACCCCUCAAGCGGGCGCCUACAACCGGGUGAGUCACUACGCGCGUGGCAAGUGUCUGGGGGGCAGCUCAGCGCGAAAUUACAUGGCUUAUCAACGCGGCACUAAGGCGGCGCAUCAGCGGUGGGCAGACGUCGUGGGCGAUCCCAGCUAUGCCUGGGAGCAGUUCCUGCCAUUCUUCGAAAAGAGCCUUAAUUACACUCCCGCAGAUGACGCGCUGCGCGGAGCCAAUGCUAGUGUUGUAAGCGACCCAACCGUGCUGGGCACCGGCGACGGCCCCUUAUCCGUGACCUAUCCUCACUACGCCCAAGCCUUUGCGACAUGGGCGAAACAUGCCUUCAUGGAGAUUGGUCUUCAGGUGCGCAACGGGUUCCAGAGUGGAGCCCUGUUGGGUCAGUCCUACGGCCUAUACACGAUCAAUGCUACGACCAUGCAUCGCGAGUCGUCCGAGACCUCCUUCCUGCGCCAGGGCCUCGCCGAUCCGAACCUCACGGUCUUUCAAUCCGCCCUGGCGAAACGCAUACUCUUCGACGGCAAGCGGGCUGUCGGGGUCAAUGUGGAGACAAUGGGCUAUCCGUACACGCUCUCUGCGCGCAAGGAGAUUGUGCUCUCGGCAGGAGCCUUCCAAUCCCCCCAGUUACUCAUGGUUUCCGGCGUGGGUCCCGCAGCCACGCUGCAGGCGCAUGAUAUUCCCCUCGUGGCGGACCGGCCUGGCGUGGGCCAAAACAUGCAGGAUCAUAUCAUCUACGCUCCCUCCUACCGGGUGAAUGUCAUCACGCAGUCAGCCCUUCUAAAUGAGGCGUUCGAGGCCCAGGCCAACCGUGACUACAACGAACGAGCAGCGGGAAUCUACGCCAAUCCCACGUCGGAUAUUCUGGCGUGGGAAAAGAUCCCCGAACCCAAGCGGUCGGCCUGGCUCUCGAACCACACCCUUCAGGUGCUCGCCGAAUACCCGGGUGACUGGCCAGAGGUGGAGUUCCUGACAAUGGGCGGAUAUUUCGGCUACCAGAGGAACUAUAUCCGAGACAAUCCCAGUGAUGGCUACAAUUACGCCUCGCUUGCAGUCUCGCUCUGUACGCCGCGCUCGCGGGGAAAUAUCACGAUCGCAUCGCCUGACGCCGCAGUGCCACCGGUGAUCAACCCCAACUGGCUCACCGAUUCAGUAGAUGUCGAAAUCGCAGUGGCAGCCUUCAAGCGGACCCGCGACUUCUUUAAUACCACUGCUAUCCAACCCAUUCUCAUCGGGCCUGAAUACUUCCCAGGCUCUCAAGUCGCUACGGAUAAGCAAAUUCUGGAUCAUGUCCGGAAGAGCUUCGACACCAUCUUUCACGCCUCCUGUACAUGCGCUAUGGGUUUGGCAAAUGAUACUCAGGCAGUGGUAGACUCCAAAGCUCGAGUCAUUGGCGUUGACGCCCUGCGAGUAGUGGAUGCCUCGGCCUUGCCCUUCCUACCACCAGGACACCCCCAAUCGACAAUUUAUGCACUGGCAGAGAAGAUCGCGUGCGACAUUUCAGGCAACUGUUAA